AUGGAGACGAGCGAUCGGGGUGCGCAGAUUACUACGGAGCUGAGGCUCGUCCUGCUUCUCCUACCUCUACGGUUUCUUCCCGGAGGUCGGUGAUCUCGAUCUCUGAGAUGCCUCUUGAGUCUUGCGGAUUCGAUGGAGCGGAGUAGUUGCUUACUGAUGUGAGUUGUGGAUGAAUUUGAAUGCAGGGGCAUACGAUCCGCUGGAUCCAAACGACGACAACACCAUCCGAUGGGAUGUGAUGUCGUGGGCGCCGGACGGCUAUGUGGUGAGUCCGAUCUCAGUUGGAGUCUCCUCUCUGUUUCUUGCCGCGUCUGGAUCUGAAUCGCUGCGGGGAUCGUCGAUCUCGUUUCCACGCGCCACCAGGCGAUGGUGACGAUGAACAACUUCCAGAUGUACCGGCACAUCAUGAGCCCCGGGUGGACGAUGGGGUGGACCUGGGCGAAGGAGGAGGUGAUCUGGUUCGUGAUUGGUGCGCAGGCCACCGAGCAGGGGGACUGCUCCAAGUUCAAGGCCAACAUCCCGCACUGCUGCCAGAAGACGCCGGCCAUCGUCGACCUGCUGCCCGGGGUUCCCUACAACCAGCAGAUACAGAACUGCUGCAAGGGCGGAGUGGUGCCGUCUUGGGACCAGGACCCCGCCGGAUCCAUCUCCGCCUUCCAGUUGAGCGUCGGCCAGGCCGGCACCACGAACAGGACGGUGAGGCCGCCAAAGAACUUCACCCUGAUGGCACCCGGCCCUGGCUACAUCUGCAGCCCUGCACAGAUCGUCCCCUCCACCACUUUCCUCACGCCGGACGGUCGCCGGAAGACCCAGGCUCUCAAUAAGCUUCUCCCCAAUCAGUCCCUUUCCGGCCAUGUUUUCGAGAUCGUCUUCCUGCAAUCAUGGGGGAAACGAUGAUAAUCCUUUGGAAUUGAAGGUUUCCCCCUAAUCUUCUUCAUACCAGUGACCUGGAGUGUGACCUGCACUUGGUCCCAGUUCCUGGCCUCCAAGAACCCCACCUGCUGCGUCUCCUUCUCGUCUUUCUACAACACCACAAUCACCCCUUGCCUCGCCUGUGCCUGCGGCUGCGAGAACAAGCACAACUGCAACAACUGAGUCUUCUUCGCAGCCCUGCAAUCUCCAUUAUAAUCCCCUCCACCUUAUUUAUCUGACGAGAGAUCCAUCUUUCGACGGCGGCCCGCCAUCAGAGACGACUCGAAGCUCCUGAGUGCGGUGGGGCCCGACACCACGAGCAAGGGCGGCGGUCCGUCGCUGCAGUGCACGCACCAUAUGUGCCCCGUCGGGGUCCACUGGCACAUCAAGCUCAAGUACAAGGAAUACUGGAGAGUGAAGAUCGCCAUCACCAACUUCAGCCACCGGAUGAACUACUCCCAGUGGACGCUCGUCGCCCAGCACCCCAACAUCGACAACGUCGCCGAGGUCUUCAGCUUCGGCUACAAGCCGCUGGUCCCUUACCAGUCCAUCAGUGAGUACUUCCAACGAGAACCCGUUGUUGCCCUUUCUCUUCCUCUUCCUCUGUGCGUUACGAUUCUUGCGUCUGGCAGAUGAUACCGGGAUGUUCUUCGGGAUCAAGUACUUCAACGAUCUGCUCAUGGAGGCCGGGCCGCUGGGGAACGUGCAGUCGGAGCUGCUGCUCCGCUAGGACCAGGACAGCUUCACCCUCAAGCAGGGGUGGUCGUUCCCCCGGAGUCUACUUCAAUGGCGCGGAGUGCACGCUUCCGCCGUCGGAGGCAUACCCUUCCUUGCCCAACGCCGCCCACGGAACCAUGCCUGGGCUCAGUUUUGAAUCCAUUGCUGCUGCUUCUGCGCUCUGGGCGCUGCUGCUAACUGCCGUUUGUAAGUGUUCGUCAGAUCAAAGAUCACUUCUUUCCUUUUUUUCAACUCUUCCUGCAAACAUGUACAUAACAAGUGGAAAGAACGCAGAGUCUGCCACAAGAAUUCAUAAGCUCUCCAAAAUUCUGUGCUCCAACGCAAAAGAUAAGUGCAGAUCCUGA